CCGGCUGCGUGAAGGAGUGUAGGAGACUCCGAACAUCUCUCAGCGGAGCGGAGUCAGAAAGAAGCAUCUCUACUCUCCUCAUACAGACGGAGGAGCGGACUCUGUCGAGGUACGUGGUGGUUAUCUUAACACAUCACUCACAUCUGUGAGGGAGACGCUGGUCAACCGGCUCUUCUCUUAAUGAAGGGACUUAACGCGGGCACGUCGUUUAUUUUGGAGUUUAAUUCCUGAAUGUUGAAUGACAAAGUCUCCGCAGCAUCGAGUCUCUCUGUGGUUCAACGUGUUGAGUCGCAUCUCGUCCUGCUCCUCGUUCACAGAUGGUCUCCGGACGGCAGCCCAGCGCGCCUCUGUGGUUGGACAAGGACUAAUUGGUCUCCCACUGAGGAGAGUUACUGGUCCCACUGAGGAGAGUUACUGGUCCCAGUGAGGAGUGUUACUGGUCCAACUGAGGAGAGUUACUGGUCCCAGUGAGGAGUGUUACUGGUCCCACUGAGGAGAGUUACUGGUCCCAGUGAGGAGUGUUACUGGUCCCAGUGAGGAGUGUUACUGGUCCCAGUGAGGAGUGUUACUGGUCCAACUGAGGAUAGUUACUGGUCCCAGUGAGGAGUGUUACUGGUCCCAGUGAGGAGUGUUACUGGUCCCAGUGAGGAGUGUUGCUGGUCCCAGUGAACAUAGCCCUACUGGUCCCAGUGAGGAGUGUUACUGGUCCCAGUGAGGAGUGUUACUGGUCCCAGUGAGGAGUGUUACUGGUCCCAGUGACAGCCCUACUGGUCCCAGUGAGCAACAUGCUGCUGAACGGCGGCUCGUGCGGUAACAUCACGGAUAUCAUCGUGCGCUCCGGGCCCGGCAUGAGCAUCUUCUUCUUCGUGGCGGCGGUGGCGGGCAACCUGCUGGCGCUCUUCAUCCUGGGCGUGGCCCAGAGGAGGAGGAGCUCCAAGCCGUCGGCGUUCUGCAUCCUGGUGACGGGGCUGGUGGUGACGGACCUGCUGGGCACCUGCCUGCUCAGCCCGCCCGUCUUCGUGUGCUACGCGCAGCAGCAGUCCCUGCUGGGGCUGACGGGCGACCGCUCGCUCUGCGACCUCUUCGGCUUCGCCAUGACCUUCUUCGGCCUGGCGCCCAUGUUCAUCCUGACGGCCAUGGCGGUGGAGCGCUGCCUGGCCGUGUGCCGGCCCUACCUGUACGAGCAGCUGGCGCGACGCUUCUUCACGCGCCUGGCGCUGCUGCUCAUCUACCUGUUCAGCGCCGCCUUCUGCCUGCUGCCCUUCGCGGGCGUGGGGCGCCACCGGCAGUACUGCCCCGGGACCUGGUGCUUCAUCGACAUGUCGGGCGGGCGGGGCGGGGCGGCGGGGCUGGCCUUCUCCCUGUCCUACUCCUCCCUCAUGGCGCUGCUCAUCGGGGUGGUGUUCGUGUGCAACGGCGCCGUGAUCGUCGCCCUGUGCCGGAUGCACCGGAGCCAGCGCACGCGCCGCGGCUCGGUGGUCUCGGGCCGCGGCGCGGGGUCCCGCCGCCGCGCCCUGGGCUGGUUCGGCCAGGGGGAGGAGGAGCUGGACCACCUGAUGCUGCUGGCCUCCAUGACGCUCAUCUUCGUGGUCUGCUCGCUACCGCUCACGAUCGCCGGCUUCAUCAACGCCGUCCGGCCGUUGGCUGACGACGAGGGCAACCUGACGGCGUUCCGCUUCCACGCCUUCAACCCCAUCGUGGACCCCUGGGUCUUCAUCAUCUGCCGCAAGUCGGUUCUGCGCCACUUCUACCUGCUGCUGCGCUGCCGCCUCGCACGCUGCGGCGUGAGGACCGCCGCGGCCAGCGCCCCGUCCUGCACGCCGGCCCGGUCCCAGCACCUUGGGGGCCCCGACCCGGCUGGCCGGCCCCUCACGGAGGGCUCCCCCCCCGGCCCGGGGUCCCGCUGCUGACCCGCGACCGGGGCUCUGGAGCUUAGCCCGUGAUGCUACUGUGAUGGAUCCCUCCGAGACCCCCGGCCUGCGUCCUGGUCCCCCGGCCUCCCUCUGCAGGAGGGGGGAUGGAUUUGUUUUGGGGUCCAGGUCAGAGAUCCGGGGGUGAUGAAUAUGUUGUCUCUGUGGACAGUGGCUGUCAGCUCAUGUGGGCCCUUGGUGACCAGAGGUGCUGGCCCUACGAGUGCCCAGCGGAGAGUGGAGCAUUCGGACGGCCAGGAGAAGACUCCUCACUGAGGUGAGGAGGCUGAAGAGGGGACAGGAGACUGAGGACUUCAACAGAACGUUCUGGAUGUUUGUAUUGGGAACUACCUAAUUGUAAAGUAUGACUCGCGAUUGUGUCACGGGGCACAGCACUUUAACCAGACUGAACCACUAACCUACUGUAAAAGACUAAUGUUGAACCAAGUCUCGCAUGCUGUAUACAACCCUCAUAGUGUAGAGCUUGUUGUCUGCGUGCAUGCUUAUACCAAACCCCCUGUAAGGCAACAAGACAGAAUCGCAUCCCGAUCCAUCUCCAGUGUUUUUGUGAGCCGGAAGUCCUGAGCUGACCCAUGGCUGCUGACUGAAGGAGAGGAGAUGUUAAGCCCAGCAGAACCUCUACAGCCAUGGUGACAUCAGGACUGGAAGGUGAUGCUGUGGGAGGCUGCUGGGUUAUUGAGAGGCCCAGCGAUACUGCCUGGGAGACCCUGAUACCAGGAGGGACACGCUUCAAUUAGGUCAAUCACUCUGAGGGGCCCACAAUGCAGCAUCAUUUCUAUAAAAUCCUAUCAUCAGACACAAAUCUAUUAUCAUGCAGACGCUUAUUGUAUUCAACGGAUCAAUAUUGUAUACUUCCCUCAGAAACAUUGAUCUCAAACCAAGCUACCCCUUGCUUCAGCCUUGAAUAUGUGAAGUGAAUUGUUUUGCUUUUGAAAACAUUUGUACUGCCAGAUCUGUGUGAUCUAAUGUCAAGGUGUUUGAUGUGCGAUGUUCUGUACUGACAUCUCCAGAGUGUGUGUUGUGAUUGCCAGACCACUGUUUGUAGAUCAUUUAAUAACCUUUGACCUUCAAACUUAUGCUGAGUGACCUUCUUUGAGUCAGCAGCGUUUCGUGACCUGCACAUUUGGUCGUUUGUCGUCGGUAUCAAUGCAUUCAUUUUUGUAAAAUAAUAAAUUAAGUUAUAAAACGUGAAUCUGCUUUGAUCCUGUGGGAUCAUUUAAGUUUACUUUUCUAUUUCCAGCAGUGUGCCGACCAAACCAAACUCUGCUCUUCCUUUAGUUAGCUUUUCUUUACAAGUGGGUCACUUCCAGCUUAAGUUUUCUUUUUGCGCAGGUUGGA